AAGAGACUCUUAGUUAUCACUAAACUCCGAUCUCAGAAGAGUUAAGCGCACAUUUAGCGCAUAAAUAGAGUGAACAUGUUCAAAUUCGAAAUACACGCUCUACUUUUGCUGGUUGUCACAAUGGCUUUAGUAUUGGCGAUGCCGUAUCCUGGCGGUCAUCACAGCGAACACACGCACUUCAAAAUCCAUGUGCCGUAUCAUAUUCACGAACAUCGUCACACACACGUGAAGAAAAUUUAUAUACCGGUUCACGUCAAAUCACACGAUGACCAUAAACACGAAGAGGUUGACUGGUAAAUUAUCUUCGCGAUAUUCUUAUGGUUAAGGAACUUUGUUAUGACAGAAUUGUUUAAUCAUGAUCGUCUGAUGAUAUCUGAAGGACUUGUUAUUGUUCUACACUGUUAAUUGUGUAAAAUAAACCAUAUUUAUAAACUAAUGAUUAAUUGCUUCUUUAUUCCAUCGAUUUUAUUCCUUAUCUGCCAUCAAUUUGCUGAUAGUUUUGAGUAUAACAAAAUUUGUAUUAAUUAACUCUUUUUGUUAUCAAAAUUUGUAACAAAUAGUACAUAUUUAACAAAUUUCAAUAGACUUGGCUAGAUAGCCAAAUAGAUAAUUUCUCUCCUUGUGGUUUCUACGAAUUAUUAGUUUUUAGAAUUGUAAUUAUUUAAUAGAAAUAAAGGAAAUGUGAAUAAAUGUAC